AGAGCACCAGCAAAACAGAGUUGCCGAACUGGAGAGGGGUUUUUGAAGCCACCACGAUUGUGAAGUGAAAGGAGAGACCUCGGAAACGAUCGUACGGCUGGUAAGCCUCCUCCGCAAAUCGACGAUGGUAAUGAAUCGGAGAACCAACCGUCGCUCUGCUCUGCACAUUAGAAAAAAAAAAAAAAGAAAAAAAAUAUUGGGGGAAAUUUCGAAGCAACAGAAUUCGUUACGCACCAACUGCUGGAAUCGACGGUUACGUACUAUAUAUACAAACCAUUUUCCCUCUCUUCUUCCAUUUUUUGUGAAACCCUCGUCUCUCUGAAGUAAUUGUGAAAUUCGGGAUUGACUCAGCUCAAGGGGGCGACUCAGGCUUCUAGUGCAAGAAACGCAGUGAGCUGACCGAUAACCACCAGAAAUUCAUCUUGUGAUCAAUCACUUACUCGAGAAGAUAAUCCAGAUACAGAAUUUCAGAUCAAAAAAUGGACCAAGUAAUAGACAGAGAUUUGCGAAUAUUAGUACUAAAGUACCUACGAGAGAAAAAAUCGAAAGCAGCUAAGACGUUUGAGGAGGAGGUGACAAAUAUAACGGGUAGCGAUCCCGAGUAUCCCAAAGUAGACCAUGCAAGGUUGCAUGUGUUGAUGUCUCACGCAGUAAGUUGGCAGGUUUGGUCUUCAUGCAAACCUAGGGAGAAUCCGGAAGUGAAAACUUUACUAUAUGACAUCGGUCGGACGGAAUACGAGGAGUUCCAGAGCUUCCUUGAGCGAGAUUCUGAAAUCUAUAAAAAAAUUAGCAAAGCCGAAGAAGUAAACAGCAUGAUGAUCGAAAACACAAUGAUGGGGGCUGUUAAAAUAUCGUGUCUAAAAUACAUGAAAUGCAACUAUUGCUUAUUGGCGAUGACACUAAGUGGAGUCCACUAUGUGUGGAGAUGGGAAAACGAUGCAAGAGCAGAAUUUCCACCUAGACUCCCCCCUGCAUUAUGGGAGCCAUUUGUAGGGCGGAAGAUGGCCCAUCAAAACACAGAUGAAAUAUCAGAACCUGGUGGAUCUUGCUUUGCGUUAUACGCAGACGAGUCUACCUUAAUAUCGAUGGCACCAGGAGCAGGUCUGUCGCCAUUUGACACCAACACUUACAAGAGAGGGGAACAUAUUUACAAGCCGCAUCCAGCACCAACAGUUUUAGCAAUCCAUCCCAUGAACAAUGACAUAAUAGCUGUCGGGAUGGACGAUUCGACAAUUUUUAUAUUCGAGAACUUUGUGCUGAAUGAAAUUCUCGAAGGCGGGCAUACAGAGAGAGUCAGCGGCCUUGCUUUUUCAAAUCUGUUAGAUGUGCUGGUAUCUUCCGGCAAAGAUUCUCAGCUCUGCGUGUGGGGAAGCAAGGACUGGAUGAAGAAAGAUUCGAGAUGUUUGCAUGUACCUCACGAUGAUACAAGUCUUCAUUUUUACGUUGACCAACUUCAGUUCCUCGUUGUUCAUCCAAGGCAACUUGCAGUCUAUGCAGCGAAAAACUUGAAGGAAUUGCAUAAGCGCGAUACCAUGGAGUUUGCCGUUGCUCCAAUGACGGAUGCAACAUUUUCAGCAGAUGGAAAUUUCAUAUACGCAUGCUUCAAAGAUGGAAGCGUGUGCAUAUACACGUCUGCUUAUCUUGUUCUACAUUGCAACAUUGCUUCUUCGGCGUACCAAAUUGAUAAUAUCAGUUCAAGCAGUUCAAGCACAAGGGUGUACCCCGCAGUUAUUGCGGUGCACCCCGAAAAGGCACAAUUGGCAUUGGGGAUGACGGAUGGUUCCAUUUAUGUGAACAUUUAAAAGGAAAUCAUUGGGUUGUGUAACGCCCAAUGAUUUCAAAAUAGUGAUGAAGCCUACUAUAGAAAUGCACUGUAAUUUUUUUUUUCCUUUACAACAAUGACUUCCGAUAAAUACAAUGUCAUACAAUGUCGCUCACUUAAUUUUUCAAAAAUUAAAUCAAAUACAUGUGACAACCAAAUGCCACAA